UACUGUUCUUUCAGCCAGGGAAAUGAAAAGGCGGCUACCACCAGAAUUUCAUGCCAACAGACGUAGAAGGAUUGAAGAACAAACCUUAUCGCUCGAAGCGCCUUCAUCUUCCCAGGCUGACAGUGUUUCAGCAGAUUCCAUUUCUGUAUCCACUGAGAACUUUCAACCCAGUGCAACAUCAACUCCUAAAGGAAAGAAGAGAAGACCACACAAAAGAAAAGUACCAGUGCAUUUGAUGAAAUGGAGAUUACAGCAAAAGAAAUCUAAAGGAGAAGAAAAAUCUGGGCCAUCAAUAUCUUCUUCCACCUUAGAGUCAAAUCUAAAAAACAGCGUCCUUGAUGGCACCUCUGAUUUUGCUACAAUUGUGCCACCAAUCCCCUCAAUUGGUCUAUAACCAGCUUUGAACCAUGAGAUUGAUACCACCUCAAUGCGAAAUAGUGGAGUUUCUUACGUGGAGAGUAACGUCUGUGAUACUUUACUAACAAGAUAUGAUGAGUAUCCAGAUCUAAUAGUUGAGCCGGAUGGAAGACCACCCAAAGACGAUUUUAAUAUUAUUUCUGGCCGAUUUAUUGUGGACGGCAAACAUCUUGUGCAAGAAUUGAGAUCUUUGGACUACCAUAGAUACAAGUGUGAAAAAGUGAUAAUGGUUAUAUGACACUGGUGUCUUCAACUUCAAAAGCAUUAGAAUGGACAAUGAAGUUUGUUGUAUGGACAGCUCCACGAACCAGCUUCCAUAAAUGCGUUUCAAGAAAUGGAAGAAAUUUAAGUUCAGCCCUGCGGUUUGUUUGUUGCCAAAGAACAUGACUUCUUGGCGGCUUCAC